GCCAGCUUCCACUUGGCUGUGAGGGCCUUCACCUUUUCCCUAGGCGAGAGUUAACUGAAAAUGUCGGAUGUCGAAGAAAUUAUCGAAGAAUAUGAAGAGGAACAGGAAGAGGAAUGUGUUGAAGAAGACCAAGAAGAGCAUGUAGAGGAGGUAGAAGAGGCUGUGGAAACCCAAGCAGAAGAACGCGAAGAUGAAUCUAAAGAAAAAGAAGGUGGUGAGGGGGAGCGAGAGCAGGAGUCUGGGGAAGGAUCUGCAGGGGAGUCAAAGCCAAAGCCCAAGCUCUUCAUGACAAACUUGGUGCCUCCCAAGAUCCCGGGUGGGGAGAAAGUGGACUUUGAUGACAUUCACCGCAAGCGCAUGGAGAAGGAUCUGAACGAGCUGCAGGGCCUGAUCGAUGCCCAUUUCGAGAACAGGAAGAAGGAGGAAGAGGAGCUGAUCUCCCUCAAGGACCGAAUCGAGCAUCGGCGAGCGGAGCGGGCAGAGCAGCAGCGGAUCCGCAGUGAGCGGGAGAAGGAGCGCCAGGCCCGCGUGGCUGAAGAGAGAGCCCGCAGAGAAGAAGAGGAGGCCAGGAAGAAGGCUGAAGAGGAAGCCAGGAAGAAGAAGGCUUUCUCCAACAUGCUGCAUUUUGGGGGCUACCUGCAGAAGACAGAGAAGAAAGGCGGGAAGAAACAAACGGAGCGGGAGAAGAAGAAGAAGAUCCUCAGCGAGCGGCGGAAGCCUCUGAAUAUCGACCACCUCAAUGAAGACAAGUUGAGGGACAAGGCCAAGGAGCUGUGGCAGAGCAUCCACGACCUGGAGGCUGAGAAAUUUGAGCUGCAGGAAAAGUUCAAGCGGCAGAAAUACGAGAUUAACGUUCUCCGAAACCGCAUUAGCGAUCACCAGAAGGUCAAAGGCUCCAAGACUGCCCGUGGGAAGAGCGUGGUUGGCGGCCGAUGGAAGUAGCACCUGUCCAAUGGGCAUGAGGCAGAGGAGAGGCCCAGGCACGGAUCGGUGCAUUACUGUUUGGUCAGCCAGCUGGAUUCCGUUUUACUACACCAUGGAUCCUGCACGAACCCACCCGCCACCCCUAAGGACACAAACCAGUUGUGCUUGCACAGCCCUCACUGCAGUGGCAGCACUGUCUGUGUGUGGAGCAAAUGCUUUGCUAGGUCGGCGCUGCUUGCUCUUUUCAUUGAACCCCGGGAUGUUGCUGUGUCUGUAAAUAAAGAGAAUCAGGAAGGGAUACGUGCCUUUCCUGCCUAGUCCAUCUCCCACAUGGUCUGCUUGCUGAACUUGACCUGCUGCCCUGCAUCCAGAAGAUACAGGCUGUGGAGCUGACUCUCAGCUGGUGUAUGCCACUGUGGUGCCGUUGAACCAUGUAAAUAUACGCUACCAGA